AUGGAUUAUGGCAAAGAUUGUGACCAUUCACAAUGCACAAAUCCAAAUGCAUCAGUUUGCCAGACAAUAUCCGAAAUGGACUGGGAAAGGGGCUUGUGGUAUGCAGCAUUCUAUGGUGAUCAUCAGAGGGUUGGUGACUUGAUCAUUAAAGCAAGAAACGCUAAGGAAUUAGUAAACACUCCAGAUAAUGCUGGUUACACUCCUUUACACUAUGCAGCACGGAAGGGUUAUACAGACAUUUGCAAAUUAUUAUUGCAAAACGGAGCACAAAUUGAUGCACAGACAAAAAGUGGUCAAGCUAGCCCUUUACACAAAGCUGCAGUUGCAGGUAAAAUUGAAACAAUUCAAUUUUUAAUCCAGUCUGGAGCUCAAAUCAACAAGCAGGAUGCUGAUGGUCAAACCAUUUUACAUAAAGCUGCUAUAAACAAGCACCUUGAUUUGUUUAACUAUCUCCUGGAAACGUACAAUGAACUUGCCAUUGUGAAGGACAACAAAGGUCACACUGCUACUGAUUGCAUGUCAAAUAAAAACAAUUGA